GUAUGACAGAAUUGACACAUCAGGCGAAAUUAAUAGAAAUAUACAGAAAGCGAUAACUAAAUAAAAUUUGCAAACAAGUUGUGUUAGGAGAAUUAAAAAGUAUUUUGUGGCACUUCCUUUAAGUUUUUCACAAUUUUUCACCAAAUGGACGAGUCUGAACUGCUCUUCAAUUUGUUCUACCUCCUAUUAUGUAUGUGCAUUAUCUACCCACCCGAAGAGUUUCAGCGACUUGGCCUAACCAUCGAACAGAUUUUCAAUAAAUUGUUAGGUGAUGAGAAUAUUAAUUUUAUACGCUAUCAUCAACGACGAACAUCAUUGAAUUUAUUUGUGCACAGCUGCUUGCCUGCCUUUUAUUUUCUUAUACAUAAGUUGAAGUUUUCGGUAUUUGCGGAGCGUGAACCACCAGAGGAUGCAGAUUUAGAUCCUGACUUUCCUAUGCCUCAAGAGGCUGUAGCAUUUAAGACGCUCACGUGGAAGAUUGCACAACGUUUUAGUUUGAUAGCAGUGAUGGCAGUGCCAGCCUUAGUUUUUAAUUGGCAGCAACAAAAUUGGCGCCGGCAUCCUAUUAGCCAGACACUGUUGAAAUUCUCCAAUGUGCCCGACAGUUUUCAAUCAGUGGCAAAAGACAUAAGUACGGAAUUUCGCCGAAUCGACGUUUACAAAAAGAAACUUAAUUCUAUAUCGACUGUAAUUGCAACAGAAAACUGGAUAAUUAAAACCUCGCUAUACAAUGUGCAUUUUGCGCACCAAAGUGAUACCUCACUUAGUGUAGCCAAGACUGAGACUUACAACGUUUCUCAGGACACUAAUGAUACGCUGCAAAUGGUGAGCAUAAUGGUGAAACCGAAUCGUCAAGGAGUUGCUGACUUCCACAUACGCAUUAAUGCCUUAGAAUUUCGCAACCUAGAAGAGCGUAUUAGUCGGCCUAUUCUCAUACCGUCAAAUAUACAAUUUCAUCGUAAUGUAAUCGAUCGCUUUAUAGAUGUUUUCAAGGAACAAGUUGCACAAAAUCCAAUUUACCAAGCAGACCGCAUAGCCGAAAAGUGCUUCGCCUGCUUGAUUGCCGAGCCAAAUAUAAAAAUACACAAGCAAUGCGAAGAUGUGGAUCGCGAUGGACGACCGAUCACAGCGGAAAACACCUGUUCAAACUGCUACUGCCGACCGAUGUGGUGUGUGGAGUGUUUGGCGCGUUGGUUUGCUGCGCGUCAGAACGAGUAUGAUCGCGAAGUGUGGCUGGAACAAAAAUGUACAUGCCCAAUGUGUCGUGCCAAAUUUUGUCUACUCGACGUUAGUUACAUCGAAAAGCGUGAUACAGGAGAGGCGGUUGAUAGGGCGUGAUAGCUACAAUUAGAAAGAAUCUAAAUGAAUGUUUCGGACAUUUCUAUUAAAGCUAAUAAGUAAUUCUUAAUUCUGUCAGUGUAUAGGACAACAACGAUUAAGCUCGAAUAUUUGAUUAAUUCUGUUUAAUCAAGUUGAAAUUUUUAUUUGGCAUGUAAUAGUUUAUAAUUUCCUUAAAUUUUUUUAUUGAAAAUUCUUAAAUUUUUA